AUGCUGAAGAGUGAGGACACACUAAUUGUCGCACCACACGUUCUGAGUAAGUCUCCAUCACCUUUGAACGAAAUUUCCAAGGACCACAUGGAGUUUGCUAAAAUGACAUCAGGUCCACACACUGGUGCAGGUAAUCGGCUAUCUUCGAGGAUUGACAGCCUUGCUAAGCCGUUGGCUCGGUUGGCCAAACCGUUGAAUCGGCAGAGUGAAGUUGUCCGGGAAUCUGACCACCGGAUCCCGUGGUCAAGAAAUCGCAAAAUUGUAGCCAUUGGAAAAAAUCAAGUAGUAAACCCGCCGCCGCCACCACCAACACGAACAAAAACUUCAACAGGUGUGGCACGUGCUUCUUUGAAGUACGAAGCGUCGGACCACAUUAAGAAAUUGGCCAAGCACCGCACAAUGCCGAAAGUGGUCGAAGAAAAGAAUUGUUUUUCGGUGAAGCCAUUGUCGCUUGCUUACAAGCCGUCGCUCCGCAUUCUAGAACUCUCCAAGCCUCGGAUCCGCGAAAAUGAGACGGGAUCGACGCUUAUAACAAAUAAUUAA